GGGCAGGACCCGUUAGAGUGGCGAGCGGCACAGGCACCAAGAUGUCCAACCGAGUGGUCUGCCGGGAAGCCAGUCACGCCGGGAGCUGGUACACAGCCUCAGGACCACAGCUGAAUGCACAGCUAGAAGGUUGGCUUUCACAAGUACAGUCUACAAAAAGACCUGCUAGAGCCAUUAUUGCACCCCAUGCAGGAUAUACGUACUGUGGGUCUUGUGCUGCCCAUGCUUAUAAACAAGUGGAUCCGUCUAUUACCCGGAGAAUUUUCAUCCUUGGGCCUUCUCAUCAUGUGCCCCUCUCUCGAUGUGCACUUUCCAGUGUGGAUAUAUAUAGGACACCCUUGUAUGACCUUCGUAUUGACCAAAAGAUUUAUGGAGAACUAUGGAAGACAGGAAUGUUUGAACGCAUGUCUCUGCAGACAGAUGAAGAUGAACACAGUAUUGAAAUGCAUUUGCCUUAUACAGCUAAAGCCAUGGAAAGCCAUAAGGAUGAGUUUACCAUUAUUCCUGUACUGGUUGGAGCUCUGAGUGAGUCAAAAGAACAGGAAUUCGGAAAACUCUUCAGUAAAUAUCUAGCGGAUCCUAGUAAUCUAUUUGUGGUUUCUUCUGAUUUCUGCCAUUGGGGUCAAAGGUUCCGUUACAGUUACUAUGAUGAAUCCCAGGGGGAGAUUUAUAGAUCCAUUGAACAUCUAGAUAAAAUGGGUAUGAGUAUCAUAGAACAAUUAGACCCUGUGUCUUUUAGCAAUUACUUGAAGAAAUACCAUAAUACUAUAUGUGGAAGACAUCCCAUUGGGGUGUUAUUAAAUGCUAUCACAGAGCUCCAGAAGAAUGGAAUGAAUAUGAGCUUUUCCUUUUUGAAUUAUGCCCAGUCAAGCCAGUGUAGAAACUGGCAAGACAGUUCAGUGAGUUAUGCCGCUGGAGCACUCACGGUCCACUGAAGCUCUGAAUCCUCAGGGAUGCCACCUGCACAUUCUCAUACUCUGUCCGGGGUCCCAGCCUAGCCUUUACCGAGAUACUGGUCCUGGUUUGGGGGGAUUCUGAAACCUCAAACUAAUAGAACUUUCUUCUCUUUUUUUUCUAGUAGGUGUAGUCCUUCCUUAAUUUCAACUCAUUUAAAAAUGCUUUAUAGUUUAGGGCAGUGUAAGGAAGGCUGGCAUCAAAGUAUUUUGAUCAAAAAAGAUGACAAUGUAAAGGCCCAGUUGUGGCAGACAGUGUUUUGAAAGUAACUUGUAAAGCAUUUACCAUAUCCUAAAUUUGCACUCUUUGCAGACUUGUGCACAUAUAUUCCGCUUUCAGAAUAGUUUUGCAAAUUGUACACAAACAAACAGAAAAGGUGGAAGCUUUUUAAUAAAGAAAUUGCAUUUAUAAAUGAUCUGUAUUAGAAUAUAAUAAAUCUCCAGUUAUAGUCAAUUACUACCCAUGUUGUACAACAGAUACCUUCUAUUUUAGUUGCUAAUAAAGGGCUACACAACUCAAAAAAAAAAAAAA